AUGCUCCUCAAGCUCUGCCUCCCGCUGCUGCUCGCCGCCGCCGUCGCCGCCGAGCACUGGGCCGUCAUCGUCGUCGGCUCCACCGGCUACUGGAACUACCGCCACCAGGCCGAUGCGUGUCAUGCGUACCAGGUCGUGCGCGGCCAUGGCAUUCCCGCGUCCAACAUUGUGCUUAUGAUGUAUGAUGACGUGGCCAACAGCUCGAGCAACCCGUUCCCGGGUCAGCUCUUCAACCGGCCGACCUUGCGCCACAGCGACGCCGUCGACGUGUACAAGGGCUGCCACGUCGACUACCGCGGCGACGACGUCACGCCCAAGAAGUUCUUGCAGGUGCUUCUCGGCGACGCAUCGGCCGGUGGCAAGGUGCUCAAGAGCACUGCAAACGACCGCGUGUUUGUCAACUUUGUCGAUCACGGCGCGGCCGGCAUGGUUGUCUUUCCCAACGCCAACCUGUACGCCCACGACCUUGUCGAGACGCUCAAGACCAUGCACGAACGCAAGCUCUACAAGGAGCUCGUCUUUUACAUGGAAGCGUGCGAGUCAGGGUCCAUGUUCAAGGACCUGCUUCCGACCGACAUUGACGCGUACGUGACAACGGCGGCCAACGAGAAGGAGUCGUCGUGGGGCACGUACUGCCCGCCGACGUCCGACCACAUUGGCACCAAGCUGCUCGGAACGUGCCUCGGCGACCUCUACUCGGUCAACUGGAUGGAAGACAGCGACAAGAGCGACUUGGCCAAGGAGACGCUGGGCGAGCAGUACGCACGCGUCAAGAAGCUCACGGACAAGAGCCAUGUGCUCGAGUUUGGCUCGCCUACCAUCCGCGAAGAGCCCGUUGGGGACUUUCAGUCCAACGAAGACCACGACCACAUCGGACCGUUGCAAGUCGAAGCAGCGGCAACAACGACGAACGACGUUCCGUCCUCGAGCGUUGCAGCCCACGACAUUGAGCUCGUGACCAAGUUUUACCAGUACUUGCGCGCGGACGUUGGCACGCGUGGACCGUUCGCCGCCGCUUUGCUCGCGACGCUCCACGAGCGCGAACUCGCGGACCGCGUCUUUGGCGACAUUGUCCGCUUGACCACGCAGUCGGCGCCAACGCUCUCGAUGACGCGCGACGACGCGUGCCUCCGCGACGUCAACACGGUCGUCGAAGCGCACUGCGGCCGGUUCUCGGACUACAGCCUCCAGUUUGUGGCCCGCCUCUCGGCGCUCUGCGCGCAAGGGUACGCGCCCGGCGUCAUUGGCGCCCAGGCCGUCGCUGCCUGCAAGCGCCACAAGAGCCGCGUGUUUGACCCGAGCCUCUUGCACCCGUAA